AUGUCGUCCUCCAACAAUCGCGUUGCCUGUGCCAACUGUUUAAUACUCCUGGCAGGAGAGGCUCCAUUCUACAUUCCAGCCAAAGCGAUCCCUCCACCAACGCCCUUGUCCAACACGAUUUAUGGAGCCGCCGCUUUGGAUAACCGUCCGCCUUUAAAAUGGCCCAUCCACUUCAUCCUAGGCGAUGCUCCUACUCUCAACCCCAAGGACACGACCAAAGUGCAGGUCUGCAAACAAUGUCAUGAUCUGUACGAUAAGGGUGACGGCACUCAGGGUGAUCCCAAGGACCUGAUCCCUCGUGCGCCUCGUCUCUCCAUGUUCUCUCGUAUCCCCGAGAACAUGCAAGACCUCACCCUCGAGCAGCGCCGCGCUCUUCGAUUGGCUGCUUGUCCGACGCCCGCGAAGGCGAAAGGCAAGAAUGUCGAGGCACUCUUGUUUCCGUGGUUGUAUCCAUUGGGCACGGGAAUGUAUGCGGACGGGAUGAAGGGUCCGAAUUGCAGGUCGUUUAAAGAUGAUAUGGAGAUGAAACUCAGGAGCGCGGAUCCAAGGUGGAGAGAUGAUGAUGAGUGGCCUACUUGGGCUGCCUUGAAAGCUGAGGGAAAGGAUGGGACCGCCGAUCUGUUUAAGCCGCUGUAG